UGCUGAGCAGGACUCUUUGGAUACAGGUGGAAUGACAGAGUUCAUGGAAGUCAGGAAACCUACUGGAUCUGGGUGGAGGACCCUGACACUAACCAUAUGUACCACCAUGAGCAGUUCACCCUCACCAAGAAACAAGUUGUGCGGCAGGAGACUCAACAGUUAGUGUUUACCAUACCCAUUUUUGAGCCAAUGCCCACCCAGUAUUAUGUGAAAGCCAUAAGUGAUAAGUGGCUCAGUUGUGAAUCCAUGUGUGUGAUGAAUUUCAAGACUUUGAUCCUUCCAGAGCGGCAUCCUCCCCACACAGAUCUGCUGGAUCUUGAGCCAUUGCCAGUAACAGCCCUGAACAGCUCAGAAUUGGAACAGCUCUACAAGUUUACUCACUUCAAUCCAAUCCAGACUCAGAUAUUCCAUUGUCUGUACCAUACAGAUAACAAUGUAUUGCUUGGAGCACCCACUGGCUCAGGCAAGACUGUUGCCGCUGAGAUUGCCAUGUUUAGACUUUUCCGUGAGAUGCCAGAAGCCAAGGCAGUAUAUAUUGCACCUCUUAAAGCUCUGGUUCGUGAGCGUGUUGAAGACUGGCGGGUCAAGCUGCAAGACAAGUUGGGCAAGAAUGUUGUGGAGUUGACAGGUGAUGUUUCUCCAGAUAUACGAUCCAUUCAGAUCUGCUGGAUCUUGAGCCAUUGCCAGUAACAGCCCUGAACAGCUCAGAAUUGGAACAGCUCUACAAGUUUACUCACUUCAAUCCAAUCCAGACUCAGAUAUUCCAUUGUCUGUACCAUACAGAUAACAAUGUAUUGCU